AUGAAGAUAAUAUUUCGAUCGCACGAGCUCUGGGAUAUCGUCGAAAAUGAUGUCGAAACUUCGGCGAAGAAGGAUGAAGAACUCAUUGUAGCUGAGAGCAAGCUAUUGAAAGAGAAUAUAGUCAGAGAUGCGAAGGCACUUGGAAUCAUUCAAGGGGCGGUUUCUGAUCAGAUCUUUCCGAGAAUCACCAUCCAAGAGACUGCAAAUGCUACUUGGAAUGUACUGAAACAAGAAUUUGUGGGAGAUAAACAGUAUGAUAGUAUUGCUUCUGUUAUCGAGAAUACUAAGGAUCUAGACACUGUUGAUGUUCAAGAUGUUGUGGCUAUUCUAAAAGGGUAUGAACAAAGAAUUGAUAGGCAUGAUGAGGCUCACACUGAGAAGGCUUUUGUUAGUCUCAAUAUUACUCCAAAGCAAAAUAAGUACAAUGGAAAUCAGGGGUUUAAACCACAAAAGAAUUGGAAGUCAAAGUGGAAGAAAGGAGAUAACAAACCUGUAAAUCAAGCUGGAAAAGCUGUAAGUACCUCUGAAGGAGCUAAGAAUCCUUGCAUACAUUGUGAUAAGUUGCAUUUUGGAGAAUGCUGGUUCAAAGACAAACCUAGGUGCCAUAAUUGUCAUAAACUUGGGCAUAUUGCAAAGGACUGUCGUGGCAAGAAGGUAAAUCAACAUGCAGACUUUGUGAAUCAAGUCAAUGACACUCCUACAAUGUUUUAUGUCUGCAAUAAUGCCACUGUGAAGAAAUGUGAAGACACAUGGUAUGUAGACAGUGGGUGUAGCAAUCAUAUGACUGGAAAAGAAAAAUUGUUGGUUGAUAUUGAUAGAACUAUGACUACUAAGGUUGAGAUGGGCACUGGUCAGCUUAUUGAGGUCAUAGGGAAAGGCAAUCUAGCAGUUGAAACCAAAAUGGUGAAAAGAUAUAUCAAGGAAGUGAUGUUAGUUCCAGGUUUACAAGAAAAUCUGUUCAAUGUGGGACAGAUGAUGGAACACGGUUGCUUCUUGGUGUUUGGUGGUACUACUGCAGCUAUAUAUGAUGAUGAAUCUAUGUCAAACUUGAUAGCCAAAGUACCAAUGAAAGGAAACAGAAGUUUUCCCAUGAGACUUCAAUCUGGAAUGCAGAUGGCUCUAAAAGCUAAUAUCUAUUUCUUGAUAAACAAGUCUGAGGUAUUUGAUAUCUUCAAGAAAUUUAAGGCCACAAUUGAAUUUGCAAAGUGGUUAUCAGUUGAAAAGGUUGAGAAGUGA